AUGGCAAGUCAGGCUGUCACAAGGAGCUUUAUCAGGCUGGCUUUGCUUCUGAAAAUGCGCCAAAGUGCUUCCUAUGUCAGUAGCCUCCUUGUGGAUGAGACCUAUGAUGCUACUAAAUUACUUAUCAUCAUUAGUAAAGUGUGCUCCUGUAAGAUCAGUUUUAACCUGAACUACUUGGUAAUGUCUCCUGAAUCCAAGAAUGGAGUUGGGAAGUUGUACCUUACCUGCUUGACUAUGACCAUACGGAGUGGAUCUCUAAAGCUCACUCUUGCUGUAAUUAAUCUUCAGUGCCACAGGGAAACCAUACGGAGUGGAUCUCUAAAGCUCACUCUUGCUGUAAUUAAUCUUCAGUGCCACAGGGAAGUACUAUUACUAAGGAAUAGCAGAAGAUGCACUUUUAGAAGAUAUUCCAAGGUGCCACUUCCAACCCAACUGCCCUUUCCUGUCUGCCCAGCACCAUUUCGGGGUUCAAUUUUUGUUGUAACAUAUUGGGAUUUCAUUGAUACAGUAUCCAUUAAAAUAAAUGGACAGUGCUUGCUGCACACUGAAGCCAAAGAAAAUUUCUUCUGCAUCGAAUUAUGGACAGACGCAAAGAAGAAGAGCCCUGAGUACCUGGAAAUUCUCCAGCACAUCACUCUGAUCCAAUAUAUUGAAAAUGCCACGUUAAGAAUAUCUGAUAAAGCAAGAAAUGAUGCCGUUGUGUCUAUUGCCAAGGACUUCCUGGCAGGUGGAGUGGCCGCGGCCAUCUCCAAGACUGUGGUAGCGCCCAUCAAGCGGGUCAAGUUGCUGCUGCAGGUGCAUCAUGCCGGCAAGCGGAUCACCGCAGCUAAGCAAUGCAAGGGCAUUAUAGACUGUGUGGUUCAAAUCCCCAAGAAGCAGGGAGUCCUGUCCUGGCAUGGUAACCUAGCCAAUGUCAUCAGAUACUUUCCCACCCAGGCUCUCAACUUUGCCUUCAAAGAUAAAUACAAGCAGAUCUUCCUGGGUGGUGUGGACAAGAGGACCCAGUUUUGGCGCUACUUUUACUUUGCAGGGAACCUGGCAUCUGGUGGUGCUGCUGAGGCCACAUCUUUGUGCUUUGUGUACCCUCUUGAUUUUGCCCGUACCCGUCUGGCAGCUGAUGUGGGUAAAGCUGGAGCUGAAAGGGAAUUCAAAGGCCUCGGCGACUGUCUGGUUAAGAUCUACAAAUCUGAUGGGAUUAGGGGCCUGUACCAAGGCUUUAACGUGUCCGUGCAGGGUAUUAUCACCUACCGAGCUGCUCACUUUGGUAUCUAUGACACUGCAAAGGGAAUGCUUCCAGAUCCCAAGAAUACUCAUAUCUUCAUUAGCUGGAUUGCACAGUCUGUCACUGCCGUUGCCGGGUUGACGUCCUAUCCGUUUGACACUGUUCGUCGCCGCAUGAUGAUGCAGUCAGGGCGCAAAGGAACUGGUAUCACACGCACAGGCACGCUUGACUGCUGGAGGAAGAUUGCUCGAGACGGAGGGGGCAAAGUUUUUAUCAAGAGUGCAUGGUCCAAUGUUUUCAGAGGGAUGGGUGGUGCUUUUGUGCUCGUCUUGUAUGAUAAAAUCAAGAAGUUCACCUAA